AUGGGCGAGGGGGGAGGGGAGGAAGGGGACUGGCUCCGGUGGCAGGUCCCUGUCUGCGGCCUGAUCUUCCUCAUCCCCGCCGCCGUGGCGGGGGCGGUUGCCUACCGGACGAGGAGGAAUCGGCCGAGGGCGACCGCUCUGUGGGUGCCCUGCUGGCGGGGGCUGCCGCCGGCAUGGCUGCUUGGUUUCCGUGUCGUUGUCUUCGUCGCCAUGUCCUAUGUUCUGUCCCGGAUCGUCCUCGGCAGCGUCUUCUCCGCCUUCUAUUUCUACACGCAGUAUGGAGCCUUCGAUCCCCUUUCUUGGAUAUAAUUAUAAUUUCGAUCAGAGGGAAAUGAACAUUUUGAUGCUUUUUGUUUGUGAGGUCAGCCUGCUGUUGUUUCCUUGGAGAGUGUCGAAAUCUUUUAUCUGUAUCCCAGAGAAACCUUCUUGAGAAUAACUUGAGGAGAUGAGAUCAGCAUGAAGAUUUUGGCGAAAGGAAAAUAAAAAAGGAAUAGGAGUAGUUUUUUGCAUGGAAAGGAUGGAGAUGAAUCAUCAAUUUCAAAUGAAAUUCUUGUUAAUAUCUUAUUUCGUUUUUAGUGCUAAGCUGAGAUUUCUUUCUGAUUCAAUGCGAGAGAGAUACAUAUGAAUGUCUUGAUGACCGAUUACCAGCAGGUCUGAAAACUAUUGGCACGAGCUUUCCCCAAAUUUUCACAUAAAAUCAACCCGAUUGAUGAUAUUGAAAUCUAGUCUUUUUUAGUUCAACAAUAUACUCUCAUGAAACUACAUACGUAGGUGUCUUGAUUCAAUAUCCAGGAAAAUGGUCUCCGUUUACUCUUAAUAACUUGAGAUUUUGCUGCUAAAUGAUCAACAGGUGGACUUUUUCGCUUGUCAUUUUCUACUUUGCGGUACGUAUGCCUCCUCUUAGUUGUUUUUAUAUUUCUUAAACAAAUAUCUUGAAUCUAGGAGAAUAAUCUAUCAAAAAGGAAACAGGAUAAAAAAUAAAGAAUUGAUAGGUUUCCCCGUUGUUGAAAAAUAAAGAAUUAAUAAUUUAAAUGAUUAAUAAAGAAUAAAGAUAAAAAUUGAAAAUUUCAAUUGACCUAGUUUCUUUCAAAUGAUCAAUAUACAUAUUUUGCCUGUUAUAGCUUGGAGCUGCGAUAUCUGCACAUGGUUGCUGGAUUUCCUCUAAGCGAGCUAGUUCCAUGAGUGAAGAAAGAACUGGGUGCCUAGAAAGCUAUAUGGAUCUAGAAGGGGACAAAUCUGAAGCACAUAUUCAGGUAACCGAUACAACCAGCAGAACCAUCGAAUCACCGAGUUCUCUGGAUUUUGAAGAGAACAGAGAAAAGGCUGGAUUCUGGGGAUGUGCAAUGCAAGUGGUGUACCAGGUUAGCUUUCCUCGAAUCCCUUUAGCAUCACACAUUAAUUUUCCCCGUUGUGUAACAUGGUAUUUGAUUAUUCAUUCAUGGUGUUUAUUUUAGCAGUUAGCUGCAACCACUAUGACUCUUCAUCCUUUGCCUUUUUUGAUUUAUAAUUUUUUUCGAGAUUUUAUUGACCUUCAAAGAUUUACUAUGUGAACAGACAAGUGCAGGAGCUGUAAUGAUGACAGACAUUGUUUUCUGGUGUCUCAUAGUUCCAUUCCUCUCCGACGAGCGUUUUGCCCUCAAUCUGGUAAGAACUUGCUCAUUUUUAUUUUUUAUUUAUGAUUCAUUGGAUGAAAAUAUAUAUUUAAUUUAAAAACCAAUUUAUAUACACUGCAAUGCCUUGGUUUUUGCAGAAAAUUAAUACCUCAUUACCUUUUUUUUAUCUGUUCAUUAUCUUGUAAACUCUGAAACUUGUUUUUUAUUUCUUCCACAUUAUCUCCCAAUGCAAUUCUCAUUCAUAGCUGUAUUCUGGUGAGCGCUAAAUGUGGUUUGCAUUACCAUCCCUGGUAUAUCUAAGGUUGACUUGCAGGCCUGAUCAAUUUCCAGCUUUGACGUGUUGACUGACCUCAAAGUCAGCCUGCUGGUUCUUAUCAUGAUAUCUAAUCUUGAACCUGCAUCAUGGACCAGAAUUAUGGAUUAUUGAGGAAAAUAAUCUUGAUAUCAAGUGUUUUUUGUUUUUUUUUUUUUUGAGAUUUCCAGCUUCACACAAUGGUGUAAAGGGCCAUCUUAAAAAUGAGAGCAGAUGAUAAAUCUCGUGCUUCAUUGUUUGAGUCUGUAGCACCAAACCAUCUUUUUUUGGAGAAAUAAACUAGAAAAUGAUCUAUUUGAGAAGAAUAUUUGGCUGAUUAAAAUGAGGGGGAAAAACCUCUCAAGAUGAUUAGAGCGAUUCCUCCACAGCUGACCCAAGAUGGAUGAACAUGGCAUCACCUCCCAGUUUUGAAAAAAAUGUCUUCUUUUGUGACCGCCCUUUUACGCUGGUGUUGACCAUCCAGGGAAAUGAAGCAUGAUUUGGAAGCAGGUGACUAUAGGCGGACACUUUUAAUGGAAAAAAUGUUUUCUAGGCUUUUGAUCAUAGAUGGUGACCUUGUCAGAGCCCAUCCUUUUAAGGAAAAUAAUGCCUCGACUCUUAUUCGAAGCUUGACCCAGAAAUUUUAUUGGGCGGAAAAAAAGCUCAGAUCUUAUGUUCUUCCUGCAAGGCUAAUAGAUAUUCAUCUCUCCUUACUUUCAUUAUGAAAAGCUUGGGAGGCUGAUGGUGACCAUCCCAACUGCACUUUUACUUGCUAUUUUUCUCAUGAAAUCAGACCCGAUCAAAGACUGAUACCGUUUUUCUCUCUGGCAUGAUGAUUCAAUUCCUUUCCUUUCUUUUCCUUUCGCAGUUGAUGGGUAGCAUGCAUUCUCUCAACCUCGUAUUCCUCCUCCUCGACACAGCCCUCAACAGGAUGGUACUCUCCCUCUCUCUCUUUCUCUCUCUCUCUCUCUCUAAGCUCGCCUGGUGAUGCCAUUGGAGUGGGAGCUCAGACUGAUGUUGACUGGGGCUCGUGCUCAGCCCUUCCCCUGGUUCGGCAUGGCCUAUUUUGUCCUGUGGAGCUGCCUCUACGUCACUUUCCAGUGGAUUCUCCACGCUUGCGGCUUCACUUGGUGAGCUCACCCUUGCACAUCUCUUCCGAACAGUUCUCUUUCUAAAUCCCAUCUUCCCCUCUGCUGCUUCUUGCAGGUGGCCUUACCCUUUCCUCGAGCUUGCAACCCCUUGGGCGCCUCUCUGGUAACUCAGCCGUCCUCCUCUUUUGAUGCUAAAUAUAGUUAUGAUCAUAUAUAACGUAUACUAUGGGUAUACAUACAUUAAUAUGGAAUGAUUAUAGGGAGGAUGGAUGAUGGGUUUCCGAUUUGCAGGUAUUUUUGCAUGGCGUUGGUCCACAUUCCGUGUUAUGUGUUUUAUUAUCUGGUUGUGAAGGCCAAGGACUCGCUCUUCUCCAAGUGGUUCCCCAAUUCAUACAUUCGAUCAUCGGAGCUCGCCGGUGCCAACCUGAAGAAUGGAUUAAGUCGUGUUAAAUGA